CGUCAUUCGAAGCGCGGAAAGCCUCUGAGCAGCAGCAGCCGCAGCCCGGUGAGCUUCUCCUCGUCCUCACGUUGUGCCACUUCUUAUCUUACAAUUCUAACUGGUAUGUCACUGUGAAAAAGAAAUACUGUAGCCAAGCUUACAUUUCACUGCAGAUAUACUUGGAAAUAAUCUUGACCUUUUGCAAGCGCGCGUUUCUCUUCUGCUCGGACGGAAUAAAGUCUCGACCGUCGCUGACAUUGUAACUAGAGAAAGUGUUCGUUGUGUGACUGAAACAACUCCAAGACAGCGUUUAACUAGCCCUAUGAGAAUGGACUCACAGUGAAGUUAUUCUACAUCAUCUUCAAAUCACACCAACACUCAGCCCCUCCCCCUGACCAGUCCCUCCCUCUAUAGGACUAAGGGAGGCGUGGAUUGGAUGGACCUCCACCGUCCCUCUUUUAAGAUGGACAGCUCCUCCUACCUGCCCAGUCCCCUGGCCUCCCCAGCCCUGAUGGUGCUGGCCUCCACAGCCGAGGCUGGCCACGAUUCCUCCAUCCCCUGCCAGGCCCCACGGCCUUUCGGUGUCCCCAUCUCCGAGAAGGACCUCCACCUCCCCUUCCCCUCCGGCUCCUACACAUUUGCCUCCAUGUACCACCGCCAGGGGCCCGUCUCCAGCCAUGGCACCUUCCCCGCCAGAGACUUCCCUGCCUCCCUGCUCCACCUCCACCCCCAGUUCCACCCCCCCAACCUGGACUGCUCAUCUCUAGAGAUGCUCAACCACAGCGGGGUAGGCGCCUUCAGACCCUUCUCCUCCCUGCCUGAGGAGAGGGAGGUCAGGGGUUAUCAGUCAGCCUUCACCCCUGCUAAGAGGCUCAAAGGCUGCUAUACCGACUCGGAAAGGAAGCAGUAUGAGUUUGGAGGAGGGCGUAUUCUGUCUGGUUCACCGUGGUCGCUCAAAGCCGCUGAGGAUUCUGGGAGGAAGUUGUUUGCGGUGUCUGGCCUGCUGUCAGACAGUGAGGCCUUGUCUAGUCCUGAGGACCGUAAGGAUGGCUUAGGUAAGGGGAACAUCCUGUAUGACUCCCAGGCCCCAGUGUGUCCUGUGUGCCAUGCUGUGUUACGACCAGGUGAGCUACAGGAGCACAUGGAGCAGGAGAUGGGCAGACUGACACAGUUACAAAUCAGUAUUAAUUCAGUGCAGAGGGACAAUCCAUUAGGGACUUCAAAGUCUCUCUCACUAUCUCUGCACAUUAAACGUGAGGGGGGAUCUCCCGCCUCUCCCCCCUGCCCACCUGAAGACCCCCACUCAGACAGAUACCAGAUGUUUCUUCGUGUGAGGACCAACAGACAUACAAGACUGAAUGUCAGGAUCGGCAAGCUGAAGAGGAGGAAAGCUGACGAAGUUCAGGACAUUUUGGUGGACCUGGGAGGAGAGGGGGAGCAGUGGAGGGAGCGGAGGAGGUUACAGAUGACCUCCAUGCUGGGGGGGUUUAAAGGGUCGGUAUUUGUGAGCAGCAGCACAUCUAAUGAGGGCCGUGGCGACAGUGAUGCUGACCUGGACGUUGAUGGAGACGACACCGUGGACUACGGAGGAGCACAAUAUACAGAGGCAGACAUCAUCCCCUGUUCACAACGGGAGCCCGGGGAGGUGGAGGAGAGGAAAGCACCGAGGGGGGCUGUUUUAAAUGUUGGAACUCUGGACCAUUCAAAAUGGACAAAUGAGGGAUGUCCAUCCACCAGCAACGAAGAACGCAACAAACUGGACAACAGCAUUACCUCCGUACACAGGACCUGUAAAAACUGUGACAUAGAGAUGGUCUCUGAGGAUUCGGCACUCACGACGCUCGAUGCACUAAAAACCCGGAUACGAGACCUAGAGAAGCAGAUGUCCAGAGGAGACAGAUACAAAUGUCUCAUCUGUAUGGACACAUAUUCUACGCCCCUCACCUCCAUCCAGUGCUGGCACGUCCACUGUGAGGAGUGCUGGCUCCGCACACUGGGGGCUAAGAAGCUUUGUCCACAGUGUAACACCAUAACUUCACCCGGGGACCUGAGACGGGUGUAUCUGUAGCCCGGCGGGGCCCGGGGAAGCACAGGCCUUUCAGGGGGACAUAAAGGUCAGCUGGCCUGUCAGAGAUCACCCUUGUCUUUGCACCUUAACCCCCCCACCCCCACCCACCCACCUUCCGAACUAGGUAGGGGCGCACCUCAUGAAUAGAUCGAACCCAUGACUGGGUAUUGCACAAUGAUCAGUCCUCAUGUCCUUUUGACGUUUUAGGUUUGACAUUUCACCUUUGGUUCGCCCAGCUGGAUGGUGUUCGUCUGUACCCUGCUCACCUCCACCUUUAGUGAGCCAGGACAGUUCUAAGAGGAGGACUCUGUGCUCAAUCCGUUAAUCCCCGUAAGGUAUAUAAAUGAAAUAAAGGACAAGAACUGAAGUAUUCUCAGCGCUCAGGCACUGAAAGAAAGCUUUCAGGUGGAUGUAGAUCACUCUGGACUAUUAUUAUAUACUGUAUACUCUUUUUAGAAAUAAUAAUUGUCUGUUUUUACCAGGAUAAAGCACAUGUAAAUAGUUUUGUGUAUGUUUUCAAUUGUGUAUGUGAAAAAGAUUAACACUCCCGUUGUGUUAACGGUCAUGUUCUUAUGAAGUCAUGUUUUUUGGUUAGUUCGGGUGGGAGGAAAGUGUGAACAUAACAAUUGUCAUAUUUUGAGAUUCAUUAUUUUGUGUUUUUGUCGUUUAGGUUGUGUUUCUUUGUACAGGAGUACAAAGUGUAAUUAAUCAAUGUUACAAAAAAACAAUGUGUCUUUAAAAAAGAUGGUUAUUGCAUAAAUAAAUAUCUACACUACAACGAUAUCAUUGAAAAACAUUUAUUCCACCGAUUUUUGAUUUAGGCCCAGAUUCAAUCUGAUCGAGGGUUAUAGGCACUGCG